AUGGCACAGACGCCACAGCAACGGAAGGCGAAUGAAAAGUACGCAAAGAGCGAGGCUGCAAAGCGUGGCAAAGGAAAGACCGCAACAAAACAAAAACAGAACUCGAAAUCUCCCGUGUCUACCGGUUGGGUUGUCGUUCUUGCCUUUGCGGUCUGUGGUGGGCUUGCAUUUGAGGCGCUGAGGAUUGUUCCAGAGUUAUGGUCGGCUGCUGUUGAGAUGUUCAAUCGCAAAUUGGCAUGA